CCUCCACCCUCCCAUUCAACCACUGGCUCUAAUGUAGUCCAGUGUUUACUACAGAAUUAGUAUAUAGCGGACGACAGUCUCCUAAACUGUGAACUCCGAAUCACAAAAGAUAACCUGUUGGUUUUGCAUAAAAGAAGAAAAUUAUCCCAAAAUCAACAUGCCCAAGAGAAAGGGAACUGAUGGCGAAGUCAAGGAGGAGCCUCAGAGAAGGUCUGCUAGACUAUCAGUGAAACCAGGGACUCCAAAACCUGAACCCAAACCCAAAAAAACUCCCAAGAAAGAGAAGGAUGUGAAUGAUAAAAAGGAGGAGAAGAAGGUGAAGGGAAAAGCAAAGCCUGAGGAAUCCAAGGAGGAGAACCAGUCAGAAAAUGGGGUGACCAAGAACAAGGAGAUUGAGAAGCCCGAAGAUGCAGCAGAGCCUGAGGAGGACCCGAAGACAGAGUAGCACCACGCCUGUCCAUCCAUCCGUCUGUCUAUUCAUUCUUCCCCUUUUAUCCCCGUUCCUUUCUCUUUCUCUCUCCAACUCUCUCAACAACCUUCUCUCUGCCCAUCACCACAAGAAAAAUAUUUUUAUCAGCAAAUUUGUAAAUACUGGUUCAGGUUUUUAGCACAAAAAACAAAGCUGACUAAUGAGUCUUGUGUUCGGCUGCGGCUGUAUCAGGUGUCUACAACACGAGCGGUCUGGAAAAAGGUGGCAUCUUUCUUUCGUCUUGUUGCUUUUCCUUUUAAAGUAUUUUUUACGGAUGGUCUGUAGUUAAUUUUUGGAGUGGGUGGUGCUGUGGUCUGCUCUCAGUCUAUAUGUCCGAUAGUGCUCGUGAUGUUGUUCUGGAGUCUGUGACACUUCUGUACGGAGGGUUGUGUUUAUUUUGUUAUUUUAAACAUAAUUGAUUGUCUAUAAGAAUGAGGAAUGAAUUAAACAAAUGUCUAGGAAAAAUUAGAGAACAACAAAUGACAAACUGCUUACAUUCCUGUUUCAGCAUUAGAUGGUGAUUCCUAGCUUUUUAAGAAUCAUACCAAUUUUGCAGUUUGUUAAGUAAUAUGGUAACUGGGCUUAGUUAGGAGGCCAAAAAAAAUCCUUCUGUUGUUUUAGAGGACUUUUUUAAAUAAUGGUAAUCAAAGAAAAAAAAUCAUUGUUUCAAGUUUUUUUUAACACUGAAAAUUCAUCUGUGAAGAAGUGUCCCCCUAUAAUGCUCUCAGUCUCAAUAAAUUUCCAUCAUUGGAGUUUUCCUCAAAA